GCCUUGAAAUCAACAAUGGCAUUCAACCCCAACGGUUCGGCGCCGCGACGGAGCAAUCCGUUUGCGAGGAACGCCUCUCCAUCCCAAGCAAUGCCCUCCUCUGGAAGGCCGAAAUCAGUUCUCUUCGCCUCACCGACGAUCUCGCCAAGCGUGUCGACACCGCCCUCGACAGCCUCCACGGCAUCGACAGCCUCUACCGCCUCGACAACCCGGCCUCGAUCCAGCAGCUCUUUUGGAACCGCGAUUGCUCCGGCCGGCAUUGUAUCGAGACACCAUCGAGCCGACUCGCGUGCAGGGAUGAGCUCGAAUACAAGUACCUUUGCUCCCUCUUUCAUCAAGGAGGAGGAAGAUUUAAGACAGAAUCAUGAUGCUGUCAAAAGCAUUGAAGGCGAGAAUGACUUUUCGGGAAAGCGAUAUGUGUGGCUUAAGGACCCAGAGGAAGCUUUCGUGAAAGGCUGGGUGAUUGAGGAACUGGAGGAUAAUAAGAUCUUGGUGCAGACCGAUAAUGGAACUCAACGGGAAGUUGAUGCUGAGAGCGUUGAUAAAGUGAACCCCGCCAAAUUCGACAAGGCAAACGAUAUGGCCGAGUUGACCCAUCUGAAUGAGGCGUCGGUCGUUCACAACCUACAUACAAGAUACCAAUCGGAUCUGAUCUACACUUAUUCAGGCUUGUUUCUGGUUACCGUCAAUCCUUACUGCCCCUUGCCGAUCUACUCGAACGAUUAUAUCAACAUGUACAAAGGUCGGAGUCGCGAUGAUACAAAGCCUCACGUCUUCGCCAUGGCUGAUGAAGCGUUUCGCAACCUUGUUGGAGAAGGCCACAACCAAAGUAUUCUAGUCACUGGUGAAUCUGGUGCUGGAAAAACGGAGAAUACAAAGAAAGUUAUUCAAUAUCUGGCUGCUGUUGCUCAGUCAGAGUCUCCAAUAAGGAGCCAAGCCCGACACACGAACCUCUCUGAGCAAAUUCUCCGCGCCAACCCUAUUUUAGAAGCGUUUGGAAAUGCUCAGACCGUGAGAAAUAACAAUUCUUCGCGUUUCGGCAAGUUUAUCCGAAUUGAAUUCAGUCGAGAGGGUGCUAUUACUGGAGCGUUUAUCGAUUGGUAUCUACUAGAGAAGUCUAGAGUGGUUAGGGUCAACCCGCAAGAGCGAAACUACCAUAUAUUCUACCAACUGUUGAAAGGAGCAGAUUCAAAAUUGAGAAAAGAUCUUCUUCUGGACGGCCUAGACAUUGGAGAUUUUGCAUAUACGCGCAAUGGCCAUGACAGCGUGGCUGGAGUAUCUGACCAAGAAGAAUGGGGAGCAUUGCUAGAGGCUUUUGACAUCAUGGGAUUCUCUGAUGAGGAUCAAAUAUCUGUUCUUCGAACCAUUGCCGCGGUAUUGCACCUGGGAAACAUUGACGUCGUGAAGGAAAGUCGGAGCGCAGAUCAAGCUAGGCUGGCUUCAGAUGCCAAAUUGCAGGCUGCAAAAGUUUGCAGCCUCCUUGGCGUGCCUCUUGAGCCAUUUCUUAAAGGUCUAUUGCAUCCCAAAGUGAAAGCCGGACGUGAGUGGGUUGAAAAAGUUCAAACCCCUGAGCAGGUUCGCCUCGGCCUCGAUGCUCUUGCAAAGGGUAUAUACGAGCGAGGUUUUAGUGACCUUGUCACUCGGAUCAAUCAACAGCUUGAUCGGACUGGCAUGGGCUUAGAAGACUCUCGAUUCAUUGGUGUUCUCGACAUUGCUGGGUUCGAAAUUUUUGAAAAGAACAGCUUCGAGCAACUGCUUAUCAAUUACUCAAACGAAAAGCUUCAGCAAUUUUUCAACCAUCACAUGUUUGUUCUUGAGCAAGAAGAGUAUGCUCGCGAGCAAAUUGAGUGGCAGUUCAUUGACUUUGGCCGCGAUCUGCAGCCGACUAUUGAUCUCAUUGAAUUGCCAAAUCCAAUUGGUAUCUUCUCAUGCCUGGACGAAGACUGUGUUAUGCCCAAAGCCACUGAUAAAUCUUUUACGGAGAAGUUGAAUACUUUAUGGAACAAGAAGUCUACGAAAUAUCGCCCCUCUCGACUGGGCCAAGGCUUUAUCCUUACACACUACGCUGCUGAAGUUGAAUACUCCACCGAAGACUGGCUCGAAAAGAACAAAGACCCCUUGAACAAUAACAUCACGCAAUUGCUAGCAGCUUCAACGGAUAAGCACAUUGCAAAUCUGUUUGUAGACUGUGCUGAUUCGGAUGAUCACGGUGGGCGAAGGAGUCGUGUGAAGAAGGGCUUAUUCAGAACUGUGGCCCAGAGACACAAAGAACAGCUCCACAACUUGAUGUCUCAGCUUCAAUCUACGCACCCUCACUUUGUUCGCUGUAUACUGCCCAACUACAAGAAGCGGCCAAAGCUGUUUGACAAGCUGCUUGUCUUGGAUCAGCUCCGAUGUAACGGUGUGCUAGAAGGUAUUCGGAUAGCAAGAACUGGCUUCCCUAAUCGAUUACCUUUUACCGAAUUCAGACAGCGAUACGAAGUUUUGUGCCCGGACAUUCCCAAGGGCCAUUCAGACGGUCAAGUCGUGGCUUCUUUAAUGCUCGAGAGGCUUAAUCUCGACAAGACCAUGUAUCGCGUCGGUCUCACAAAAGUUUUCUUCCGAGCUGGUCUUCUAGCUGAGCUGGAAGAGCAGCGAGAUGCUCUAAUUACACAGAUUAUGGCACGGUUUCAAUCUGUUGCCCGUGGAUACGUUUGUCGACGAGCAGCACACAAGAGACUUUUCCGCACCGAGGCCACCAGAAUCAUCCAAAGGAACUUUCACGUAUACCUCGACCUUGUAGGGAACCCAUGGUGGCAGCUCAUUGUAAAGAUGAGGCCUCUCCUCGGCGCCACUAGAACUGCUGCGGAGGUGAAGAAGCGGGAUGCCAUGAUUAAAGACCUGAGCGAAAAGAUGCGACUGGAGCUGGAAAGUCGGCAGAAGCUAGAAGAUGAAAGAAGAAAUUGCCAAGCUGAGAUUACUCGCAUCCAAAAAACCCUGGAGAGUGAGCGAGCUCUUGCUUUGGACAAGGAAGAGAUCUUUAUGCGUCUCCAGGACCGCGAGGAUGAAUUGGAGGAAAAGUUAGCAGGCGCACUAGAAGACCAAGAGAGACUGGAAGACCAGCUGGACAGCCUUAUGGAAGCAAAGAACAAAGCUGAGCAAGAUGUCGAAAAAUACCGUGCACAGCUGGAACAGGCUGCUUCUCUCAUCUCUAGGCUGGAAGAGGAAAAGACACGCUUGUCGGCUAGAGCAGCGGAGCUGGAGACUGCUAUCAACGAUCUCACUCAAAAGCAAUCCGAGCAUAGUGACAAGGAAGCUGCCAUGGAAGGCGAAAUCAAGAUGCUCCAAAGUCAAUUAGCGCUAAAAGAUCGAAAAACCAAGGAUCUGGAAGACAAGUUGCUCAAGAUCGACCAGGAUCUUGAGGUCAAGUUAUUCACAGCGCAGAAAGAUCUCGAUGCAGCCAAAGUGCGAGAGACUCGACUGGCUCGAGAGAAUCAAGAAGUACAUGAACAGCUUGCCGAGCUCUCCAAGACUUCAACAGAUUACGAAGAUCUUGUCCGGUCGAAGGAGAGCGAACUGGCAUUGCUGCGUGAUGACAAAAGGCAGUCAGAGGCUGAACGUCGAAGCCUCGAGGAACAGAAAAGAGCUCUUACAGAGGAUAUGGAGAAAAAUGCUGCAAAGUUCCGUGAUGUUCAAGCAGAACUUGUGGCAUUGAAAUCCAAGCAGAUGCAGUUAGAACGCGAGGCCCAAGAUGCCAAGGUUUUACUCGAAACUAGGCUGUCUGAAGACGCACAAGCUGAGAAGAACCGAAAAGUCCUCGAGUCUCAAAUCAAGGAUGUUCAGGAUGAGCUCUAUCAGACGAAGAUGGAAUUGAGCAGAGAGCGACAAUCCCGAGAUGACGUACUGCUGCUUGGAGAGCACAAGUACCAAGCGCUCAAAGAUGAGUUUGAUCGCCUGAAUGACGCAAAGAUUAUCAUUGAAAAAGAGAUGUAUGUUCAGCAAGAUACUUUGAGGCGGACUGUAGAAGCCCGGGCUGCAAUUGAGAAAGAGCGUGACGACGCUAGGGAUGAGAUCCGAAAACUUCGCAUGGCAAAAUCGGAGGCCGAAGAGGCUCGCUUGCAAGCUGAAAUGGCCGGCGAGCGCCAAGCUUCAAAAGCUGCGAGAGAGAGAGAAAGUAGCCUCCGCAAAGACCUUGAAGCUGCUCAAGAACGCUUGCGCUGGUUUGAGGAGGAAUGCAACAAGCUGAACCGCCAAGUCGAAGAUCUAAACAAGCUGAUUCUUACAUCUGGAGAAUUUGGAUUGAAAAAUGACCAAGCCAAGGAGAGAAUGGAGCGGGAGCUCAAUACAAUAAGGAGCCGGCUGGCGGCAUCUGAAAACGACAACAAAACAUUACUCAAUAAGUUGCAACAGAAGGGUCUUGAAAUUGCCAGAUCCAGCUCUCGCGCAACAGAAGCAAGUCGAAGCCAGCUCAUAUCUCUCCGAGGCGAGAAAGCCAAGCUAGAAGAUCACAACACAAAGCUCAACAAGCAGCUAGGCGAUGCCCAGCUUAACAUUGCAACUUUGGAGAAGAAGCUGGAGAAACUUCAUCUCAACCUGGAAGAUUUAAACCACGAGGUUGCCAGAGAGGCGAAGGCUAGUAGGACGGCAGAGAAGGCCUCUUCUAACUUUUCCGUUCAACUGGCGGAAGCCAAUCGAACAAUUGAAUCCGAGAAACAGCUCCGGAAUCAAACACAGUCGACGGUCCGCACGUUGCAGUCAUCAAUAGACUCACGGGACAAAGAGCUGGAAGAUAUGAGAGCUCAGAUGCUCAAGGCACUCAAAAUGGUUGACCCCGAGGUUCAAAUGCCGCAGACAAAUUCCAACAGCGAGAAAGCUAUGCUCAAAAACUUUGAUCUUGUUCGCAUGGUUGAGGAGCUACAGCAGAAAUUGCGAGUUCAAACUGUGGCCAGGACCAAUGCGGAAAGCCAGUUGACCGAGAUGAGGGCUUUAAGAAACGAGAGUCCCACUCGUCCGGGGCUUGGUGAAAUCCAUCCAAACGAAGCCCCCUUUCAAGACUCCAAUGGCCUGAAGAAGACAACCAAAGCAGGCCUGCAUCCUAGCUUGAAUGGAUUGGCUAGCGCUCGACGCUUCCAAGACCCCAACUCUCAGGACUCAUCACGCUCUGAAAGAUCUUUUGGCGCUUCCGAUAUCAGAAAUGGGUUUGAACUCAAGGCCGAAAUCGAAAACCUCCAAAGUCAGCUGCAGCUAGCCCAAGUGCGGAAUCGACAGCUUCAGAGCCAACUGGAUCGGAAUUCAUCAUCUGAUGACGCAUAUGAAGAUGAGGCUUCAAUAUUGCGUGUGCAGAAGCUUGAAAAGGCCAACAAUCGUUUGCAUGAUAUGUUGGAUGAUUCGGUUGCAAAGGUGGCAGCAUUGGAGAAGAGUAUGCAAGCUGGGGAGCUUUCUUUGCGGGACAUCCAGACGCGAUCUCAUGAGGAGCUGCUGGAUAUCUUUAACAGCCAAGAAGAAGCGCGCAGGUCCCUUUUACAUAGCCACAAAGAUGCCCUCGCAGAAUUAACUGAAGUGAAGGUCCAUUUCGACAAGAUGCGUCACGAGCGGGCGAACCUGGAAGUUGAGCUCCGCGAUUCAAAGUCUGACCUUCAGGAGAUGACUGCUGCACGCGAGCAGGAAGCACAAAGCCGAAGCCAGCUAUUACAGGAAUUCACCGACCUCCAAAUCCGACUUGAUGCGGAGACAUCUAGGCUCGCUGACGUCUCUUCAAGCUUGGAAAUGUACAGAGGCCGAGCCGACGAAUAUUUCAGCAAGCUUGAGCAGGCAGAGAUUGCUGUUCUGAAAGCAACUAGAGCAGAACAGUUUGCCAAAUCACAAGCCAAAGAGGCGGAAGACACAUACGCCGAGGUCAUGUCUGAGAGGCAAAGGAUGGAUGCACUGGUUGAAGACCUGCAGGGCCAGAACCAUCGUCUUGAAGGAAGGGUAGAGGACCUGUCGACUGACCUUGACGCCGCCACGCAAGCUAGGAGGCGUCUUCAGCAUGAGUUGGAAGACUAUCGCAACCAAAGGGCCAUGGAGAUUGAAGAUAAAGAAUCCAGCAUGGAGCAAACGCGCAAGAAGUAUCAGACCGAGUUUGCCACGCUUGCCAAAGAGCUUGACCUCGCUCGAGAAGAGAAGCUGUUCAAGCAGGCAGAGAUUACAAGGCUUCGGGACGAACUCGAUGAGCUACGGUCCAAGUGGGAUGAUGAGGUGCUGAACAGCUCCACUUGGUCAAAAGAAAAGGCGCGAUUGGAAUCCACGUUGGUUGAUGUUGCAUCAUCUCGUGAUGAGGCCGUCGGCGCUCAUAACGAGGCACAGAGCAAGAUUGUUUCCCUCUUAUCACAGGUGCGGACUCUACGGUCAAGUGUGGACGAGAUCACUACCGAGCGCGAUCUUCUCAUUCGGGAGAAGAAGGGCGUUGAGGCCCGCCUCGAAGAAGCCAAGGCAGGCUUUGACGAGCUGGUCAAGGGCGGAAGCCCAUCGCUUCGCGAUGCAGCAGGCAUGGACAAGGAAAUUCUCAAUCUCAAGUCUAGCCUUGCCCGGCAAGAGGAUAUUGCUCUCGCCGCAGUGGAGAAGAUGCGACGUGCUGAGGCACUAGUCACCGAGGUCCAGAAAGACAUUGCGGGCGAGCGUGAAAUCAGUGCGACUUUGCAGAAACAAAAGACUACGCUGGAGAAGAAUCUGAGCGAGGCACAGCUCAGGCUUGUAGACCUGGAGACCAAGGGCUACUCAAGCGGCAGCCAGGACAUCAAAUUUUUGCACAAACGCAUCCAAGAGCUUGAAUCACAGCUGGAUAGCCACGAGGAGGAAAAGAACAAGUCCCAGCGUUCUGUUCGAAAUGUGGACCGUACUGUGAAAGACCUGCAGACGCAAGUCGAACGUAAAGACAAGCAAAACAUGCAGCUCUCUGACGACGUGAACCGCAUGCGCGACAGAGUCGACAAGCUUCUCAAGACAAUUGAUGAGCUGCAGGCGUCAGAAUCCACAAACCAGCUCUCGGCACGACGCGCUGAGCGCGAACUGCGCGAAGAGAAGGAGAAGUGCCACCGCCUAGAGCGAGAGCUGGAGGGGUGGAAAGGCCUCCGAACAGAAAAGGGCGGAGUGGGAAGCGUUCGUGGCAGAGGCGUUACAUGGAGAGUGGGGAACGAAGGAGAAGACUCAACGCUGAUUGACGUUCCUCAAAGAAACAGCAGCCUGAACAGAGCUCCUAGUAUGACCAAAGGCUUCUUAUAGGGCGACUUGAGUGUGAAUAACGUCUGAGGGGGGUGUAUGAAGGAGAAGCGAAAUUAUGGAUGAACAAUGGCGUUUUUGUGAUAGGUUUGUGGUACAGCCUUUGUGUAAUUGGGUAUCAGCAUAAGAGGGAGGACAGGCAGUGUUUAUGACCAGCUGCUAAUUCUGUAUCAUAUUGGAUGCUAUCGUUCACGGCUAGGGGAUGGUUAUGUUACAGUAUAUAAUUGGUACGAUAUUAGUUAAUGAGAGACGAGGAGAGGUAACAGCAGGACUGUGAUUGGUUUUACAAUUAGUACGUAUAGUGCGUAUAGUAUAAUAUAGUGUGUGAAUGGGUGUCGCUCGUUACAAA